CCGUUUAGAGGUGAAUGGGAAUCUUUCGCGCGCAUCGCAACUGUUCGGUACGGUACGGAUUCUGUGCCCUUCGCUGUUACGUUGGUCGGCCGCCCGUGAAGUCGCGAUUGGAGCGUUUUUUUGUGUUCUACCCAAGUUCAUCAUUGAUAAGAAGUGUGGUCAUUUUCCGGAAAUUGAACGCCCGGUGUGAUUGAUCGUUGGUGAAUAUAUCGGCACGUUAUAUUGUGGGAAAAUGGUUCGAAUGCAAAGAGGUUUUCUGCAAAAUGGAUUCGGGCGGAAGGUGACGAUUGUCCUGCUAAUGGCUAUCAUCGGUGUGGCAAUGGCUUGUAACGGCGGCUACCGGAUCAAGGUUCGAAGGGUGCACAACUGUGCCGGCCAGGAUGCGGUGAUCGUAGCGCAGGAAAACUACACCGCAGUGCUGACCAAGAACUGCGAAAUCAAGUCCCGGGGUUGCGUCACGUACAAGGCCUUCAAGUCCGGUGUCGUCAACUACAAGGUCAAGAAGAACGGCGUCCAGCUCGUGCAGGGUCGAAUGGAUCUGUGCGAUCAGAUUGCGAGCGGAAAUCGCGAUCCUACCAUCGGACCGAUGAUGCGCACCCUCAACCUUCCCAACAAGUGUCCAGUGGAGGCCGGAACUCUGUGCACUGAUCCAACGCAAGUGGUGAACAUUGAGCAGUACAAGCAGUUCCUCCCUUUGGCACGAGGCUCACUCGAAAUAGAAUCGGAGAUUCAACACGACACGGGCAAAAGUUGCUUCCGACUGCAGAUUGAUGUCACAAAGUGAUCGGACGAGUUGUGACCGGAGAUGAUUCCGAUAGGAUUGACGUUUAUUUUUAUAAUAGGUAUAUCUCGAUUGCGCUUCCAGUGAAACAGGUUUAAUUAGAUACAAUAAAUACAAACUGUUACCUCAUUGCAACUCCGUCUUGAAUAGAUUGGCGGGGAAUUCACCGA